AUGAAGCUAGUUCUGGAAGGCAUAGUGCACAUGGGGAGACACUCUUGCUGCUACAAGCAGAAGCUUCGUAAAGGCCUCUGGUCUCCAGAGGAAGACGAGAAGCUUUUGAAUUACAUCACCAAACAUGGCCAUGGAUGUUGGAGCUCAGUUCCAAAACUGGCUGGUCUUCAGAGGUGUGGCAAGAGCUGCAGAUUAAGGUGGAUAAAUUACCUUAGGCCAGAUUUGAAGAGAGGGGCAUUCUCACAGCAAGAAGAGAACUCCAUAAUUGAACUUCAUGCAGUCCUUGGCAACAGGUGGUCGCAGAUUGCUGCUCAGUUACCUGGAAGAACUGACAAUGAGAUAAAGAAUCUAUGGAAUUCCUGUCUGAAGAAGAAGCUUAGGCAAAGAGGCAUUGACCCAAACACACACCAGCCCCUAUCGGAGGUUGAGAAUGACAAGGACAAGCCUCUCGCAACUGAAAGAAGCAACCAGAAAGCCUCCAAUGAGGUGAGUGUUGUUGAGCCACCCAAACAAAAGCCAAUAACUACUACUACUUCUAUGCCUAUGGAUAGAUAUCCCCUUGAAGUUUCUGCUACCUCAAAGAUCAGCAGUGGCAACAACAACAGCAGCACCCUAGAAAGGUUUGGCACCUGCCAUGACAACAACAGUUCCAUCACUAGUUCUGAUAUGAUGGGAAUGGGGUAUUUCCCUUUCCAGCACCUAAACUAUGGACCAAACAUGGGACUCACUACUGCCAACCCCAACAGUAUCCCACUUUGUUUCAUUCCAGGUUCCACUUCUUCCCAAAUGAUGUCAGAGCUGAAUUCCACCAUGCUCCAUUCUGUGUUCUCAACACAUGUAAAGCCCACUGCUAGCCUCCAGUCUAAUAACUUAUCCUCUGAUGCGGUUCAGAACUGGGAAGGAAGUACCUUCAGUAACAACAACAAUGCAAGCAAAAGCAAUGGGAGCAGUAGCUGUAGUAUCCAAUUACAAAGCAGCACUAACUUCCUUGAUCAUAGCAGCACAAUAACAUGGGGUCUGCAAGCAGAAUCUGCCACCAAGGCAGAAAAUAAAGAUGCUCAUUCUUCUCAUGUGGUACCCUUGCAAUCAGAUCAAGAAGACAUUAAGUGGUCUGAGUAUCUGAACAACACCCCUUUUUUCCUGGGAACCACAGUGCAGCAGCAUCAAACCACUCACCCUCUCUACAGUGAUGAGGUGAAGCCAGAAACAGCCUUCAUAGCAGACGAAUCAAGUACCACUUGGCACCACAGCCAGCAUUUUCAACCCUCGGAUAUAUAUAGCAAAGAUCUUCAGAGAUUUUCAGUUGCUUUUGGACAAACCCUGUAG